UUUCUUUCUAUUAUUAUUAUUGCUAAUAAAUCUCAGUUCUUUCAAACCUUGCUGAAUUGGGUCUCUGUUUCUCUUCAUUAUUAUAUUAUGUUUCUUUUCUGGCUAUUAUAUAUAUUUUCCAAUCACUUAAUGCCAAAAUGAUCAUGAAUGUUGAAAAAUAUAUUCAAACUGUUUUAAAUCUAUCGAUCACAUUUGGUUUGAGAUUGAUCAUAAAGCCCACAUCCCCCACAUUCCAUUGAUGUUCACCAAAAUCCUUCCCAAAGUCCACAUGCUUUUGGGGAAAUCACUUCGGAAGAUUUCUUGGUGAAAGCUGGAGUUGUUCAAGAAGCUUCUUCUUCUUCUUCAAUGAAACAACACCCACGUUCUGUGAAUAACAACAGAUCAAUGGUGGAUUUGAGAGAAAUUGGGUUGUCUUUGUCUUAUCAACAGAACAAUAUAAUGACGAUGCUGCAAGAAUCAGAAAUUAAUGCUCACCCAAUUCAAUUGAAAAAUGUGAUUGGGUUGAGCCUAACAACAACAAGAAGACCAUCAUCCUUCUACUGAAGUUGCCUUGAAGCGGAAGACAGCGCAGGAAGAUAAAAAAAUCGUGAGUCCUCUGCUGCUCUAUCUCGGUGUUUGUGGGUGCAAUUUUACUAUAUUUUUGUCUGAUAAUUUAGAAUUUAUAUGUGGCCCGCCCUCCCCUUUCUCCCUCUUUCCUUCCUGAUGUCUCCCUCCCCAUUUUGAAACUCAUUCCUUGGUGGUGAAUAGGCAUGCACUUCAAAAUAAUCAAUCAAAUGGGUAGUAGUAGUAGUAGUAAUAGUAGUAGUAGUAGUAAUAGUAGUCGUGGGGAUGUUAAAAAGAAAAAGAAUGUAAUUGGUGAUGGAGAAGAGAUUGUGUGAUAUGAGUAAGGCAUGUGUGUGAGGGUAUGGGGUUAGCAGAUAAUAGCUUCCACCUGGGAAGGGAAUGAUGUGGAAACCAUGAGCCUCACUCCAUCCAACGGCUGGAAAUGAAGGAUCAUCAUUCUAACUGCCCUAAUUUGUCCUUUCUUUUCCUCGUAUUUCGCAAACACUACAUCACCUCUUCAUAUCCAUUUAAUUAAAGAAAUGUUUGCAUGAUCCAUUCAACGUGUCAAACUCAUUCCCCUCUUUCUAUUUCUCUUUCCUUUACACAGAAAAAACAAAACAAACUCUAAAGUUUUCUUUAAUUUGUAUUUACUUACAAGUCCUGCACUUUCUUUUCUUUCUUUUACUGAAAUGAUUUGCUAAUCAAAUCAAUGGCAUGGUUUUGAGAUGUAACAUUCAACUAAUUAUAAGCUAUAAACAUAUUAAAUCUUUCUGAAAAAACAAAUAAGACGAUUAGUUUAGUUGCUAAUUGACCUGCAUUUAUGUGCUAAAUUCAAUCACUCAACUAAGUGUAAGUUAGUUUCUUUUAACUUUUAAAUAAUACAUGAAUUUGUUAUUAUUAUUUAUGAAGUGGGAAAAUGGCAGUUAGUUUCAAGUUUAUGUGAGAAUUCUUUCUCACCUACAAACUACUUUUAAUGAAAAGAAAAGAGAAACCAUUAAAAUGAAAUACCAAAUUCAUUUGAUUUCCCCUAUACAUAUAUAAACCACACAUCCAUGCAUUUUUCUUUGUUUACUCCGCUUCCCUUUCUUCUUCCUCUGUUUCACCAUUUUUCAGAUUUUGGAUUCAUCUCUUUCUCUUGCUUCUCUUCUUCACAGGUAACUUUACUUUCCUAAAUGGGGUUUCAUUUUUCUUUCAUCAUCUUUGUUUAAAUCUCAUUCCUUUCUUCAAAUUUCUCUCAAAUAGUUGCUUGCAUGCAGGGGUUUCUGAAUUGGGUUUCUGUUUUCACUCUGAUGCUCUUCAUUCUACUUUUUAACAGAAACUGACUGACAUUUUCUGGGUAUUAUUUCCACUGAAUUCGAUGUGACUUAGUGGGGAAAAAAUCCAUCAUCUCAUUGGGAUUUUUUGUGUUUUUUUUCUUCUCUCUCUCUCUCUCUCUCAAAAUUUUCUAAACUAUGGUUCCUCCUUUUUUUCUGUUUAUGGUUCUUCUAUAGCGUAUUUGCCUAUUUGGAGCUGUUUACGCAGAAUUUUUCUGAGGUAUUUUUCAAGAAAUUCAAACCAAAACAGAGAAACUUUGCUUAAUGCUGGAGAAAUGGAGAAUUCUCAAUUGGAAGAAAUGAUAUCAGAGGUAGCAGCAAGACAGACAAACAAACAUGACUCCAUAUUAUCACUAACACUUGAUGAAAUCCAGUGUAAAAGUGGGAAGAAUUUUGGUGGUAUGAGUAUGGAUGAGUUUCUUGCUAAUAUAUGGAAUGUUGAAGAUAUUCAAACUCAAUUUCAUUCACAAUCACAAGAAAGUGAACCUCAAAAUCAUCACCCUUUUAUGGUUACUAAUAAUUCAAGGUCAAACCUUUGUAAUCAGGGUUCUUUUUCCAUUCCCAUUCCACUUUGUGGUAAAACAGUGGAUGAGAUUUGGUCUGAAAUUCACAAAGAUCAACAACACCCACAUCACCAUAAGUUCAUUAAUGUUCAGCAAAAUCCUUGCCAAAGUCAACAAGCUUUAGGGGAAAUGACUUUGGAAGAUUUCUUGGUGAAAGCUGGAGUUGUUCAAGAAGCUUCUUCUGCUUCUUGUUCAAUGAAACAACAGUUAUGUUCUGUGAAUAACAGAUCAAUGGUGGAUUUGGGGUUUGGGAUUGGGGAGAAAUUGGGGCUGUCUUUGUCUUAUCAACAGAAUAAUGAUGCUGCAAGAAUCAGAAAUAUGUCUGGGAAUUGCUUUUCAAAUUAUCAAAUGCUCACCCAAUCAGUUGGGGAACCAUCUGAUAACAGUUCGAUUCAGAAAUGUCAAGGCUUGAUGACUGAUUGGGUUGAGCCUAGCAACAAGAAGAGGAUAAUCGAUGGUCCUACCGAAGUUGUUGUUCAGCGGAGACAACGGAGGAUGAUCAAGAAUCGAGAGUCUGCUGCUCGAUCUAGAGCCAGAAAACAGGCAUAUACAGUGGAGUUGGAAGUGGAAUUGAAUCAGCUUAAAGAAGAGAAUAUAAAACUCAAGGAAAUUGUGGCUGAAUCUGAAAGGAAUAGAAAGCAAGAGAUUAUGCAGAGAAAACAGUGUGAAAAGAGACAGAAACCAACAGAAAAGUUGAGGACAAUGAGGAGGAUAGCAAGCAUGGCUUGGUGAAGAGGAAAAAGAGGUUUAUGUUUUUGUUGUCACUUUGAGGAAAGCUUUUAUAUGUAAAUGGUAGACAAAUUUUAUACCAAAGUAAUGGUUUGUCUCAAGAACUAUAUAUCAUAAGUCUCUUACAUUACACAGUUUUUUUUCUUUUUCUUUUUCCUUUUAAUUUCACAUGGAGUUGUAUAAUCGUAAUGAGCUUUCUUUGUAGUGUGGGAUUUUGCUUCUCUUAGGGAUUUGAUUCAUUCUGAAAGCUUCUUUUUGGUUUGGAAAAUUUGUCAAUUCCAUUUGAGUUCCAAAUCAUUUAUAAUAAUCCACAUUUUUAUGUUCAA